AGAGGAAGGAGGGAGCUGGCGGGCGGGCCAGGCCCGCCUACCUGCGGAGCGGCGCCCAGCCGAGCGGAGCGGAGCGCGGCGGGAGCCUGCAGGGCCGGUGUCUCGAGGGAACAACAAAUCUUUUCAAGUUCACGACAUCUUAGACUAAGAAACUUGCAACUGUGCUGAAAAACUUAGGAGAUGGACACAUUUUCCUUCCCUCUCAUUUAAAAGGUUUUAAAGAAGAAAUAAAAUGGCAGAGGUUUAAAGUUAAUAUUUCAGGAUGAAUGAUGAUAAUACAGAUGACAAGACAGAAGAUGAACUGCAGUCCUUAUUUAUCAGUGAUAAAAAUGGAAGCGCAUAUGCGUACAACCAAAAAUCACCGUGUACCCAAAACUCUUCCACCAAUAAUGUGAGUUGGAAUUCUGCCAACCCAGAUGACAUGGUGGUUGACUAUGAAACCAACUCUGCUGUGGUCUUUGGUGAAAGUAUCUCUUUAAACCCUCAGUGUGUUGAAGUACAUGAACACCAAAAGUCUUCAAGUGAUUUCGUUAGUCAGGAGGUGUUAGAUAUGCACAAGGAUUCCACAUGUCUGUCUUUUGCACAUGUUGUAAAUACAGAGGAACCCAAAGAUUUGCAUAACAGUUGUCAUUCCCUAGAAUCAUUUCAGGACCAGAGCGUUGAGACAUCUCUGCCUUUCGUGUGGAAUCCUAACGAUGAUGAUUUGAACUGUACAGAAAACCCUACUGCCUUGGCGCUAAACCAGACAUUUGACAUGAAAGUGGAUAAUGUUAACUGUACCUUCAUAACACAUGACAUUACUGGGAAGAGUCAGUCUUUGCCUACCACUGCAAGCCUGCAGCCAACCAGCAUGAGAAGUAGAAAUACAUCUUUAUCCUGUUCCAUUCCUCCAUCUUCCCCUUCUGAUAAGAUAUAUGUGAGAGAAAUGAGUUAUGAUAGAGACAACAGCUUCGAAAACCCUCACGCUACGGCAUCACAGGCUCGAGACACAACUUACACAGCAUUUUCUGACAUGGUGAUGCAAACUGAUGUUGUCCUUCCAGAUACUGAAAAUCACUGUCACUGUUCUUCGGGAAAGGUCACCAGUGAGUACCCAGAUGGGGCACGGCAGAGACUGGGCAGCGAAAAGGAGAUACAAGCUCUAACACCAGUUUCUGAUGGCAUGGAUGUUCCCAAUGGGUCUGUAUUACAAGAGUUCUUUUGUUCAUCUAAAGAUGAACCGAAUAGUGAGAGACAUUCACAGAGCUCAUAUGGGCAAAAGGAAAUGGGCCAAAAUGUAAGAGAAACAGUGUCCAAUUGUCUUAUAGAUGAUGAAUGCCCUUUACUGGUGCCAGCUUUUGAUAAAAGCAAAACCCAAGUGCUGGACCCAGAACAUCAAGUCACUGUGGCUAAAGACACACCCGUUGCCUCUAAUGAAAAGGAUUUGGGAACCCGAAAUCAUACCAUAGAAUUGAUACCGAAUAGCCCGCCAGGACAAAAGGUGGCUUCAUCGUUUGAACUGACUUGGGAUGCGGAUGAUAUGGUCAUUAGUACAAAUAACAUAGUUUGCAUGUCCACGCCAGUCCUAGAACCCACAAACGCAACCUUUUCUAUCUCACCUAUUGAAGGGACGGAGAAAUGGAGUAAAGUGCAGAAGAGUAAUCGAGAGCUUCGACGUUUACCAAACUUGAAGGGGGCACCGAUGAACAUGUCUAAACCUAAUCUAGGAAAAUCAACCAUCAAAACGAACAGCCCCCUAGGCAGCAAAGUUAGAAAAACGGAAAUUAUAAGUUACCCAAGACCAAACUUCAAGAAUGUCAAAGCAAAGGUUGUAUCCAGACCAGUGCUGCAGUCCAAGGACCCUGCUCUAUCAAAGGCUGCACCCCGACCUCAGUUAACUGGGGCCUCAUCGCCCUCAUCAGUGUCUUCCUCAAGACCGUCGACAGCUUUGAGGAAAACACCAACAUCUGACUUGAAUGCAGACACAAAAGCAGAAAUCCUAAUUAACAAGACACAUAAGCAGCAGUUUAAUAAACUCAUUACGAGCCAGGCUGUGCAUGUUACAGCUCAUUCUAAAAAUGCUUCACACAAAGUUCUAAGAACAACAUCUGCCACGAAAUCGACUCAGGAAGAUGCUGACAAAGCGAGUUCUUCCAAUUCAGCAUGUGAGACUGGGUCCGCGGCUGCAGUUUUUCAGAAGAUCAAAGGUGAACUCCCUAUUAAAAUGGAGAGCACAGAAUGUUUGCACAUGUCCUAUACUUCCAACAUCGAUAGGAUGAGCCCUGAAGACAAGGGUGAAAAAGAAAAUGGGACACCGAUGGCAAAACAAGAGCUAAAAAAGGAAAUUAUGAAUGAGACCUUUGACUAUGGUUCUCUGUUUUUGGGUUCUGCUUCAAAAACUGCAACCAUCUCAGGUAGGAGUCUAGCCAAGCCCAACUGCUCCAUUUUGAGGAAAACACCUGGUCCAAAAGCCAAAGUGGGACCUUCUGUUUCCUGUUUGAGGCGGAAUAGUGACUGUAGAAAUCUCAACUCGGAUCGAGCCGUAUCUCCCCAGAGGAUAAGGCGUGUGUCCAGUUCUGGAAAACCUGCAUCCUUGAAAACAGCACCGCCGUCUUGGGUGAAUCUGCCUAGACCACUUCCUAAGUCCAAAGCAUCUCUGAAAAGUUCUGCGCUGCGGAGGACAGGAAGCACCUCCUCUGUUGCCAGCACCCACACGGAUCUGAGCACUUACAGCAAUAACUCUGGUAACAACGCUGUCAUCAAAUAUGAGGAAAAACCUCCAAAACCAGCAUUUCAGAAUGGUUCCUCGGGGUCCUUAUAUUUGAAGCCUUUGGUACCCCGAGCCCAUGCGCACUUACUAAAGACUCCUCCAAAAGGUCCUUCAAGAAAAGGUCUAUACACAGCUUUAAAUGCGGUUGAAAAGGGCAGACAGAAGAGUCCCAGAAGUUUAUGUAUCCAGACCCAGACAUCUCCAGAUGUGCUCUCCUCAGAAAAAACACUUGAGUUGGCCCAGUAUAAGACAAAAUGUGAAAACCAAAGUGGAUUUAUCCUGCAGCUCAAGCAGCUUCUUUCCCGUGGUAAUACCAAGUUCGAAGCAUUAACAGUUGUGAUUCAGCACCUACUGUCUGAGCGGGAGGAAGCACUGAAACAACACAAAACCCUAUCUCAAGAACUUGUUAACCUCCGCGGAGAGCUAGGAAAGGCCACCAGGACCAAUCAGGUAAUGGCUGCACUUCACUCCUGGGGAAAACUGCUGAAGGACCCAGGACGAAGCCAGUUCUCUUCUCAAGUCACUGCUUCAACCACCUGUGAGAAGUUAGAAAAAGCCAGGAAUGAGUUGCAAAUAGCUUAUGAAGGAUUUGUCCAGAAGCUAAACCAGCAGCACCAGACUGAUCUAACAGAGCUGGAGAAUCGGCUUAAAGAAUUUUACACCGGGGAGUGUGAAAAGCUUCAAAAUAUCUACAUCGAAGAAGCAGAGAAGUACAAAACUCAGUUACAGGAGCAGUUUGACAACUUAAGUGCUGCCCAUGAAACCUCAAAGCUGGAAAUUGAAGCAAGCCACUCAGAGAAAAUAGACUUGCUAAAGAAGGCCUAUGAAACCUCCCUUUCAGAGAUCAAGAAAAGCCAUGAAAUGGAGAAGAAGUCACUUGAGGAUUUGCUUUAUGAGAAGCAGGAAUCACUAGAGAAACAAAUCAGUGGUUUGAAGAGUGAAAAUGACACUUUAAAUGAAAAGUUGAAAUCAGAAGAACAAAAAAGAAUAUCAAGAGAGAAAGCAAAUUUAAAAAACCCUCAGAUCAUGUAUCUGGAGCAAGAGUUAGAAAGCCUGGAAGCUGUUUUAGAGAUCAAGAAUGAGAAGCUGCACCAGCAGGACAUCAAGUUAAUGCAAAUGGAGAAACUGGUGGACAACAACACAGCACUGGUGGACAAACUGAAGCGAUUCCAGCAGGAGAAUGAAGAAUUAAAAGCUCGGAUGGACAAGCACAUGGCAAUUUCAAGGCAACUUUCCACAGAGCAGGCCGUCUUGCAGGAGUCACUGGAGAAGGAGUCCAAAGUCAACAAGCGCCUCUCCAUGGAGAAUGAGGAGCUGCUGUGGAAGCUGCACAACGGGGACCUGUGCAGCCCCAAGAGGUCCCCCACGUCACCCGCCAUCCCCUUCCAGUCGCCGCGGAACUCCGGCUCCUUCCCCAGCCCCAGCAUCUCGCCCAGAUGACCUUCCUGGGAGCUGGAGACAGACUGCGUUUCUGCAGUACUGACCCACCCACAACCGUGGGGGGUGGCGGAGCUGGAGCCACCUUCGCUGACACGCACAGCCUGCCCUAGAACUGGAAAGUCAUGGCCCGAACCGGCCCCUUCCAGACAAGACCAGAACUCUGGAGGAAGGCUUCUGACUCGGUCCAGGAGACUCCUCCCCAAACGAUGCUGUCGGAAUGGAUCUACAUGGACGCUGUUGCACAAAGCACUUACGGAACGAGAAGAUCUUGUUCGUUGCCUUUUUCACCUACGCAUAAAGGGGAAAACUCUCAGGGGCCUGUUAAGAUAAAGAUUUAUAUAACCUUUGUAAUGUUCUUCACCACAGACACCUUCUUGUGAUUUACAUUUUGGUCUGACUGGGGAUGUGUGAAUGAAGUGGAUGUAACCGA